AUGGACAUGAAAGUGCUGCCCCUCGGCCCCGCCCUACGGAUACCCCUGAUAAUAGCUUGCAUCAUCGUCCAAAUCGUCAUCCUCAUCUACCACCUUGCUGGCGCACCAAAGUCAAUAUCCAGUCUGUACAGCUCGCAAUAUCUGCAGCCAGACUUUUCGCACCUCGCGGAACACUGCGCCCAUAUCUCCCCGAUCCCUACGAGCUCGUUUCUCCAGCGUCAACAGGCACUUGCUCAGACACUACACCAGUUGAACGCUUCGGCGUACAUUGCUGAGCCGGGGGCAAGUGCUGCCUACUUUGCUAACCUCUCGGCGUCGCACUGGCACCUCUCCGAACGACCUCUCCUCCUUAUCGUCUCGCCGAGGCUCGACUCGCACGACCAAGUACAUGCUCAGGUCUCCAUUCUGACGCCUGCCUUUGAGGCCACGCGUGCAAAGCUUCUCUCUAUCCCUAGCUCGGAUGAGAUCUCCUACCCUUCAUGGUCUGAGGAUGUUGAUCCGUUUGAGGUCGCAGUCUCCGCCGUGCCGCUGCUCAAGGAGGGCACGAUCUAUGUCGACGGAAUGACGCGUAGCUUCGUUCUGGAUGGGCUGCAGAAAGCUGCAGCUCAGUCGAAUGUUCUCACAGCGCCCGUGGAGAUACGUAGGCUACGAGAGAGGAAGAGCACAGAAGAGCUCGAGAUCAUGAAAUGCGUGAACGAGGUCACGCUAUUAGCCAUUCGGGAUGUCAGAGAGAACGUGAAGAUAGGCAUGCGCGAGUCGGAAGUCCGACAGCUCAUGUCGACGGCGCUGAGUGCCGCAGGGCUUAGCGACGGCAGCUGCCUGACUCUGUUUGGCGAGAACGCCGCUUUGCCACACGGCAGCGGAACUGACCGUGUGCUCGGUGCACACGACUUCGUACUGGUUGACUGCGAUGGCGGGCUGCACGGCUACCAAAGCGACGUGACCAGGACGUAUGCUCUGCCCGAGUCGACUAUUCAUGCAGCUUAUCUCAGGGUGUGGCAUCUUGUGCAUUCGGCUCAGGCCAAUGCGCUUGCGACGGCGCGGAAUGGAACAAUUACCGCUGAGGUAGAUGCGGCUGCUCGCAGCACGCUCGCAGCGCAGGGCUAUGCGCAGUAUCUCACACACAGACUAGGUCACGGCGUUGGCUUGGAGGUCCAUGAAUCUCCGUACCUUCGCGGCGGCUCCGAAGAUGUGAUCCUCACUGGACAUACCUUUUCAGAUGAGCCUGGAGUGUACAUUGAAGGACAGGUUGGGAUCCGAUUGGAGGAUUGCUUCUACGUGCACGAGAACGGCACUGCCAUCUUCCUUACUGCAGGAGUCGGCGGUGCGGCUAGAGGCCCUUGGGAUCCCUGA